GGAGCCAAAGCGAGCGCGAUCGCGAGGACGAGGAGCCCCAAAAACCGAAACCACCCCACCUCACCCCGUGUUGAUCUCCCCGCAUUUACGCUACCACGAAAUCGCGCUGUAAAUCCCCACCCUCCGCGAUCCAUCCGUCGCCUAAUUUUAACCAUCCGUCCGUGUCUCCGUCGCCACGAGCAAUUUUAGGCGGCCAGCCCCCUUCUUCCCCGUUCAGUUUCUCCUUCGGACGCGCGCGCGAGCGCGAUCCAUCAUCACCGUCCCGUGCCCGUGCCCGUGCCGUCGUCCUCGUCCCACUCCACGCGAGCGAGCGAGGGAGCGGAGGUUUUUAAAAGCGAGCGUGCGGAGUGGGUGCGCGACUGCGGGGAAUUGGACUCGGCUAUUAAAACCACGAGUGGAAGUUUUCUUCUCCGUGACCUCCCGCCCGCUGCCUGCGCCAACCCACCACCCAUCCGUUUCUCGUUCUCCUGCCCCUGCCCCUGCCUCCCCUCCCCUCCUUAACAAUGGCAGUACAGGCGCAGUACCCGUCCAAUCUCCUCUUCCACGACAGGUGCGCCUCCUCCUACUCCGCCACCACACGGCGCGUCCUCCUCCUCCCGCUCCUCUUGAGACGAGGUCUUUGAUUGCCGGGGAGUAGUGGUCUCACGGCUUCCUGCUGUUUGUCGCAGAGCGACUGGGAACAAUCGGAGGAAGCGACCCAGGGAGGCCAUGGCCAUGGCGCCGCCGCCGGCGGCGGCGGCGGCUAAGGAGGAGUACGUCAAUCUGUUCACACUCCAGCCGCAGCAGUCGACGUCGUCGUUCGCCAACGUGGCGCUCUUCCACAACCAGAGCAGGGUCUCGUCGCCGGCCGCGACGACGGCGCUCGUGUCCACCGGCCUCCGCCUGGCAUUCGACGAGCAGCAGCAGCUACAACAGCAGGAGAGCAAGCAGAUGAAUGCGUUGCGCUACUCGUCGUCGUCGCCCUCGCUGUUCGGCUCUGUCUCCGACGAGCUCGCCGCGCAGGUGAAGCAGCACGACGAGGAGAUCGACCGGUUCGUCCGCGAGCAGGGCGAGCAGCUCCGGCGGGCGAUGGCCGAUCGGCUGCGGCGCCACAACCAGGCGAUUCUGGUGAAGGCGGACCAGUCCGCGGCGCGCAGGCUGCGCGAGAAGGCGGCGGAAGCGGAGCGCGAGGCGCGGCGCGGCGCCGAGCUGGAGGAGCGGCUCGCGCGCCUCCGCGGCGAGGCGGCGGCGUGGCAGGCCAAGGCGCUGUCGGAGCAGGCCGCCGCGGUGACCCUGCACGCGCAGCUCCAGCACGCCGCGGCCGCGGCGCGGGCGUCGGUGGAGGAGCUCGCCGCCGCCGGCGACGCCGGCCCGGCGGAGUCCUCGUCGUCAGCGUACGUGGACCCUUGCCGGCGCACCACGGGUCCAGGGACGUCGUCGGACCGCGCGUGCCUCGGCUGCCGCCUCAGGCCGGCCUCCGUCGUGCUCCUCCCCUGCAGGCACCUCUCCCUCUGCGGCGAGUGCUUCGCCGCGGGCGACGCGGACGACGCCGCCAUGGCGUGCCCCGUGUGCCUGUGCGUGCGGACGGGCAGCGUCGAGGCCAUCCUCUGCUGAGCCGAGCUUUCCCCGCUUCAUCAUCCGGGUCCGGUCGUCCGCCCUCGUGGCCGGUGAGUGCGUGCAUGAUGACAUGAUGUGCAGGAAUCCAUCCAUCAAUGCCUUCCCAGAAAAUGAGAAGGAAGAAAAAAAAAACCGUAGGAAAGCUAGAAUUUUUUCCUUUUUCUUCUUUUUCCCAAGUUUUUGUUCAUAUUAUUAUUUUCCAGCUCCUUUACCUUGGAGGAGUAUCCCUUCCUCAAUCUCCUUUUAUUAUACUACUAGGGGUUUUAGGAGAAAUUCAAUUGAUAAGUUCAUUGUUAAUAGUAAGCAUCAGCAACUUUGCAGCAGAUGAUGAAGAUGAACGGGGUGUGCACGGCACACCUUGAUUUCUUU